UAUAUUUUUGGUCAUCAUUUUUUAAAUAGAUAGUAUUAGAUAGACAAUUGACAGAUCUGUCAAAUUGACAAGUUUGUUUGGCACUAACAUGGCUGCCGGGAUCAAUAGAAAACUGUCAUGAUACGUUUUAUCCAUGUUCAUUGGCAUUAUUAGAUUUUCUAAAAUGUAUUAUACGAACAUUUUCUUGUGAAAAUGAAUAUUUUUUAAAUUCUUAUAAAAUUUUAUUUAUAUUUUUAUGAAAAUGUCUUAAUUUUAAUUUAUAAUGAUAGGUGAAAGUGUUCUGAAUAACUGUUGACCCGUGAAACGAAAGUGAUCAUAACAAUGUAAUUCAACAUUAAAAAAAACAAUACUUUUUUAAUGAUCGAUUCGAAAUCAUACAUAUUAUAAGAGUUCCUAAUAUUUUGUAUGAACGUCGUAAUGUAUUUAUCUUAAAAAUAUUAUUUAAUAAUAUUAAAAUAUAUUUAAUAUGUUUAUAUGAUUGUUGUUUCAUAUUUAAUUCAAGAAGAUUUUUUAUACAAUUUAUUUGAAUAUUUUUCAAUCUUAGUAGUGAAAAAAUUGGUGUUAAUUCAGGGAAACAAUUAAGUUUCCAAUAGAUGAUAUAUUAAUAUGGACAUUUUUGAAUUUAUUUGUGUAUCUGUGAUUACAUUUAUAUGUGGUAUAAUAUGUACAAUUGUAUUGGAAUUUUAUCUGUUCAAAAAAUUUUUGGAACAAGCACCUUUAGCAAAUUCACCAAAAAAAUCACUUCACCAUGGCAAGGCUCAAUUACCUAAAGAAUUAUUUGAAAAAAUUCAAGAUGAAAAAACAAAUUCCAUAAAUAUAUCACGUCAGGGUAUGUGUCAAGGCAAUGAAAACUUGGCAAUAAAUUUAACAUUACAAUUUCUAUUCAAUGAACUUAGAAAUGCUGAGAGAGUACGUCUUUGGUUAUACAGAAAAUUAAAUAAUGAAUUCAAAGAAUUAUUAACUCAAUCUACUACUGGAAAAUUAUUGGACAGUGUACAGUUAAGAGAUUUAAAUUUAGGUUCACAAUUUCCCACAAUAAAAGGUUUAGAAGUUGCAGAUUCAAAAAUAGAUGCUGAUACAGGAUUAUUGGAGACAUUAGAUUUAUCUUUAGAUUUACAUUAUUCUGGAAAUUUUCAAUUAUCAAUAGAUGUUAAAAUGUUAUUGGGAAAGACUGCUUAUAUGGCUUUACAAGUGAAACGUAUCAGUGGUAGAGCUAGAUUACAAUUUACACGUGUUCCAUAUACUCAUUGGUCUUUAAGUUUCUAUUCAGAUCCUAUACUUGAAUUGGAAGUGCAAUCUCAAUUUCAAGGUCGUCAAUUACAACCACAAAUUAUUUCUUUGAUCACAGGACAAAUUCGGAGAGCAGUACGGAGGAAGCACACGCUACCUCGUUAUAAAAUGCGUUACAAACCAUUUUUCCGCAGAUUAAACGAUGAAGCCGUAGAUUUAUCUGAAGUCGCUAAUAUGCAAUUAAUACCAGGUUACUUGGAAGUAUCAUUGAUUGAAGUAACUAGAUUAAAUCUUGGACCUAAUAUACUUAAUGCAGAGGACAGAUCACAAGUUGAAAUAUAUUGUACAAUAUGCAUAGACUCAACACCUUGGGUAUAUUUAACUCAAUAUACUGGUGUUCCUUAUAUGGUGUUGGAUUUAAUUAUUAGUAAAGUUGGAUCACAGCAACUUGGUGUAGUAUUUAAACAAGAAUUUGUGCCAGAAAUAGGUCAUAUAUGUGUAUUAGUUGAAACUAUAAUAGUUGGAAGUCCUGCUGCAAUUGCUGAGAUGAAGAAAGGGGAUAUUUUAAUAGCAGUAGAUGGUAAAAAAGUAUCUAACAUGAAUCAAGUAGCUAAAUUUGUAAAAAGUGCUGUACAAAGACGUUUUAUCAUAAGGGUUGAAAGAAAGUAUUCUAAAACAGAUUUAGACAAGCAAACUAGUAUGAAAUUGGAUAGUGAAAAAAUAUCUGCAGAAAGAGGAGGAGAUAAGAAAACAUUAAAAAUUGAUUCCGUAUCAAAUAAAGGAGAUACACCCAGUACAGAAGAUAGCAAAAUCAAAUUUGAAACUCAAAUUAAAUUUUCGGAUUUAAAAGAUUAUGAAAAUGAAAUUGCUGAUAAAUUGGAAAUGGGUAAUAAAUUUUUUAGAAGAAGAAAAAGCAGUGCACAUACUGAUGAUACUGCUCAAACACCAGAUACUACACCUUCUAGAAAAAUUUCGACUACUUCAAAUCAAUCAAUAUCGAGUAAUUCUCAAUUUUGUUUUAAUGAUAGUUAUGUAACAAAUAUAUCAGAUUUAUAUUAUACAACUAAAGAAAAGGAAUAUGCUUCUUUAAUUACUUUUGAGGAAACUAGAACUUUCCAAAUCGAUUCAGAACUUCAGUAUUUAAAUAUUGGAGUGUGGGGUCGUGUAAGAGGAGGAGAAAUUCAUGCAAAAUUAUUAGGAUAUAUUAAUGUUCCCAUGAAAUUAAUUUUAGCACAAUGCUAUACAUCUUCAACUGGUCAUUAUCUUAAAUGUCAUGCUUUAUUACCACCAGAUAGUGCUUCCUUGACGACAGUUCAUCCAAAACUACAAGGUUAUUCAGGAUUUGAUCCAACACUUUGUUAUGGUGAUAUUUUAUUAUCUUAUACAUGGGAAUCCAGUUAUCCAAAUCGUCACAUAUUUCAUAUGGGAAAAAAAGAAAAUACAGAAGCUAUUAAAACACAACCACCUUUGAGUGAAGAAAUUAUUGAGAAAAAAAUGCAUGACUUUAUUAGAACUCACUUUCAUAGAGCAACACAUUGCGAUUUUUGUACAAAAAAGAUUUGGUUAAAAGAUGCGGUACAGUGCAGAGAUUGUGGUAUGGUGUGUCAUAAAAAAUGCGAAGUUCGGUGUCAAGCAUCGGGAAUAUGUGGAGCCGAAAGUAUAACAACAAUGGCAUUAGAAGCGGAUGAAAUAGAGCCUACUCUUAUUGGAGAAUCGGGUCCAGAAAUUUCACUAACCAGUUGUGAAGAUACUGUACAGGGUGCAACUAUGAUGGCCAUGAAGGCUAGUAUAGCUAAUACUCUAUUGGGCCUGAAGAAGGCUGGAAGUACCAGUUGCUUGGCCCCGCCGGCUUCCGGUACUGGUUUGGCAUCUAGAAGUCUUCCCCCAAGUCCCUGUGCAUCCCGCAAGAAUUCAUUGGUUGGAGGCUUGGGCAUAAGUCCUGAUCUCUUGGAGGGUGCUGAGCCAAGUGUGGCAGCUCCUCUAGUAGCAGGGGAUUUGGAUGAUGGUCUUAUGUCUAGGGCUAAAGAUACCGGGAAGUUUCUGUACAAACAUUUGGAGCCUCAAGAACGUGUUGAAAAGAUUAAUAUUAUGAUGGGAAAACUUAAAACUGCACUCGAUGCCGAAACUACCUCAAGAUUAGAAUUAUCACAAAGUGGAGAAAUGGACAGUAUUAAAUUGAUUGCACAGAGUGAUUUACGUGUGCAAGCACUGAGUGUCUUAUUAUUGCAUUAUUGUGCCGGAUUACAACAAGCGCAAGAAGUAUUAGAUCGAUCUCAAAAAAACAAGGAAUCUUAAUAGAUUUAAAUUUUUAUGAGAAGAAGCCAAGAUAUAUCAUAUAUCUUAUAUUAUAUACAUUCUUUCACUUCUUACAUUCAAAUUUACUUCAUUUUACUUCAAUUUAAACUAAAUAUUGAUCGAAUCAUUGGUCGAAUUUGAACGAUUAUAAUUUCGUUCAAGGAUCUAUAAUAUAUAUUUAUAAUUAUAUGUAUUAUAUGCGUGUUUCGAAAUUUCUCUUUAAAUGGUGCAGCGAUAUUCAUGUUAAUAGGUCUCGAGAUAAUACUCGUAAAUUUUACCGUGAUACUUUCAUAGUUUACCAGAGAACACCAAAAAUUAAGACUUGUAUUUACAGAUUUUACGUAUAUUUGUAGAGAACAGAGUACAAUAUAUACCAACUGUGUUUACGCUUAGAAUAUUUUCAGCGGUUUAGGUAAAUAAUUAUAAAAUGAUUAAAAUAAUAAAUACGGGAUAAUAGUGUCUUGAGUUUAAGCAUAAGGUAAUGGGCAAUUAGGUACUUAAUUAUAGCAUAUAGCUUUACGGAAUAGAUAUUAUUCUCUUUAAUAAUAAUAUAGUGAUUUAACAUCUAUUAUUAAACUUAAACAUUCCAGAAUAGAUUUUCUUUUUUUAUCUAAUCAUUUUUUAUUGAUCUUGCUUCAAUGAAAUGCAUGAAUUGCAACUGAUAUAUUAACGAAUAUGAUCUACACAAGAAUAUAAAUACAUUAUAAAGAUAGAAUUCCAUCCAUAGAUAACACUGCAUCAAAAUAUCGAUGUAAUGUAGUUUUACGGAUUUUGCAAUUCAUUGUUAGUAUAUAAUAAUGAAUAUAAAAAGAUUAAUACAAAUUGUCGAACAAGUGUUCAGUAAUAAUUUUUACUUGUAUUAUUUCAGGAUAAUAAUUAGCGAAAAUUGUUUCCUGUGCAAUUAUUUUCUCUCGAAAUAUGUUAUUAUUCUAAGCAUUGCUAAUAAGUAUAUUGAAAACAUUUCAUUCGUUCAACGAAAAAUAUAUAUGCGAAUAAAAGCGAAAUUGAAUUGAUGUUCGUCUAUAGUUACUGGCGACGUUUCCGUUCGUUCAAACUACGUAAAACAUCCGAAUUCUCGGUAAAUAUGAAAAUACUCGAAAAACGGAGACGCAAUAACCUGCGAGUGCACAAAGAAAUCUACGUCAGAGCCAAAGAUUUUAUAGGGCCAACGUUCGCGGUCAAAAGGAGACGUUUGACAAAGAUUUUCCGCUCAUUAUAAUCGCGUGAUGCUGAAAUGCACCGUAAAAGUAGAAGAAAAAAAAUAGCCUGUAAUAUAAAACUUCGAGCGAUUUUAUUUAUUUUCUUUUUCUUUUUUUUUUUUCUUUAUUUUAUUGCGAAUCAACGAACAAUUCCAAACCACCAACGCAUAUCCAUGUGAUUCCUUUCGCACACGGCUUUUCCCAGCGUUCAUAAAAGUUUGUUGCGCGGAUUAUUCGUGGAACACGAUGUUUCUUUCUGUCAUGUGUUGGCAGAUCACAGUUGGCGUAAACUCAGAAUCUUAACUCUGGAUGUAAAAUUGCGCAUCGUUUUGGAAAUACUAACUCAUUAAAUUUAAAAAGGACAA